AUGUACAAAGUGGAUUUAGAUGUUGACCAGUCCAUCGAAAAGGCUGUGGAGAGGCGAAGGGCUGUGGAGACAGCACGUAAGGCUCGAAUCUUCAACACCCGGCUGCGCGUGAUGGGGCUCGAUCUCGAUGCUCUCAACCAACAGGUCCAGGAGAAAAAACAUCGGCAAAGCGUGGAGAGACAACGAGACAACGCUUUUGAUAAGAUGAGAAGGAUUCAUGAUGAAGUAUUGCUGCAGCAAGACAUUGAUGAAAGAGAGAAGCGAGCUGCUUUGCAUGCUGACCUAACCCAAUAUUGGGCCACUCAUCAACGUGUGGACUCACUAGAUGCUGAUCUUACAUGUGGCCUGAAGGGGGCAUUCAGCAUCACCACUCCAGAGAGUGAGCUGGGACCUGCUAGUAUGCAAAUCUUCCAGGGAGAUGGUAUUGGAGAGGAGCAAAAGAGGAGAGAACAAAUUAAAAAAACUGAAAGAGAUCUGCGAGUACAGAAGGAAGACAAUGAGAGAAAGAACAUGGAAGACAAGCACAAAGAAAUGCUUGUGAGCAAAGAGCUGGUGCAUCAGGACCUAAAGGGAGUUCAGCAACGUGCACUAGAGGAGGAGUGCAAAAAAGCUACCCGCAUCACCCUCGACAACUACAACCAAGCUCUGGCUGCAGAGCGGGCAGAGAAACGGCAGGAGCAGAAAAGAAGAGAGGAAAAGGAGAGUCUCACAGAGAUGUGGCACACAAUGACAUCCGACAUGAUGACAGAGUGUGCAGAGGCAGCAGAGAGACAGAUGGGGGGAGGGAGGCCACCCCAGGUUCUCAUAGACAGGUGGAAGGGGAUGAACCCUGAACAGCUGAGCGCCAUCCACAGUGAGAGGGAAGCACAGCGCCUUGAGAGACAGAGACAGUGUGAUGCUGAGAAGUCUCAGGAGGCAGCGUGGGAUCUUCAGCUCCUGAAAGCAUCCACAAAAGCAGAGGAGGAGGAGAGGAGUGCAGCAAAACUUAGGAGAGAGAAGCGGAUUCAAAUGGACCAGUACAACAUGGAGCUGGCCAGAAAGCAGCAGGAACAUCAGGAGUAUCUGAACAAGAGACUGUACACCAACAAACCCACUGAGGUCUACUUUCAUCAAUUCAACACCAGUUCCCGCUGA